AUGCAAAGCCAAAAGGUUAUGAGCCCAAGUAGGGGCGUCGAGUACGCGAGCGCCGUCCAACGCGCAGCGGCGGCAUUGAUGGCGAGGCGCCGCAAUACGCAAGAGGUCGCGCAGACAACUCCGGCUGGAUCGAGCGACAACAGUGGAGAAGAUAUGCGACCCGAGCUCGCGCUUGUCAUGGAACAACAAGAUGCGAUGGAACAACGUCUGGGCCAGGCAAGACUGAGAAAAGAUCUCUGGUUGACGACCUCCACGACGUCUUUGGGACUGAGUCCAGAGUACGCAACGCUAGCGUCAGGACGGAAAGAAGAGAGCUGCGAAAAGAGCAGCAACAGCAGCACUUUUAACAACAUGCGGCCGUGCGCGAAGGACUGCGGGUCGCCGCAGAAGCCCAAGACAUGCAGCUGCGAGCAGUGGCAGAAGCACAAGAGACACAGCAAGCGGAGCAGCGAGCUGCUAUCCAAGCUGCACACGGACAACUACAGCAGGUCGAAUGACACCUGCUGA